AUGUCGUCAGCGACCUCGUUCCGCCAGAUCAUCGGCGCCCCCGCCUCGACGGCCUCCCCCACCGACAGCACCCUCGUCAUCAUCGACGCCCAGAACGAGUACGCCGAGGGCAAGCUCGCCGUCGCCGACGUCGCCUCCUCGCGCCGCGCCAUCGCCGACCUCCUCGACCGGUACCGCAGCGCCGGCGGCGGCGUCGUCCACGUCGUCCACGACACCCCGGCCGGCGCGCCCGUCUUCACGCCCGACACGCGGCUGGCGGCCGAGUUUGACGAGCUCGCGCCCCGCGACGGCGAGAAGGUCGUCCACAAGAACUUCCCGGGUUCCUUUGCGGGCACCGACCUGCAGGCGCACCUGGAGGGCCUGGGCGACAAGGGGAAGAAGCUCGUGCUGACGGGGUACAUGGCUCACGUUUGCGUGUCUACCACGGCGAGACAGGCCGCCCAGCGCGGAUUCGACGUGCUCGUGGCCGAGGACGCCGUCGGGGAUCGAGACAUCCCCGGCGUCGACGCCGCGCAGCUCACGCGGGUGGCGCUGAGCGAGAUUGGUGAUGCAUUCGGUACUAUUGUGCAGAGCAAGGACAUCGUUUAA